CUACCAUUAUUUUAUCAACAGCUACUUUAAAAAUUUACUACACUUGAAUGCAGACAGACAAUAAUGUAGUUGGCUUACUCUGUCUUCUGGUGCUGGAGCUCAGCCCGCCAUUUACAAGUUGAUAAGACACUAAGGAUGAUCUCAGAGGUUUUGUUUGAUAAUAGUUUUGCAGAUCGUUUGCUCUCUGUAGAUGAGUUCCAUUGUGGAGUAAUGAUAGGCGGACGGUUCGGUUCCCAGGAGUGCUUGUUCUUACCCAUUGACAUUCCAAAAGAUGACACUUCAGACGAUCCACCCUGUCGAUCUGUUUCGCCUCGUAUGAUUGAGGAUUUAAGCGAAAAAUGGAUUGCGUCACAUUGUAGAAAUCUUGCGCGGAUGAUUCCAGGGGGUGUUCAUAUAAGUGGGAUUUGUCUGACUGUCCCUUAUGGCGAAUUCAACGGUCAUACUAAUCACAUUCAGAAAAUCCUCUCUCAUAUAUCGCGGGAUGACACACCCAUGAACAGGUUUAUUUGUUCAAAAAGUACAGAAAAAUUAGUGUUGGUGGCUGACCCCAAAACAAAAAAAUUUCAAUGCAAAGCUUCUGCUGCAGAUGGAUCUAAUAGUCAAUUUCGAAUAGUGGAAGUAAAGAUUCGCCCAUUCAUUGAUCGAUGGGUAUCAUUCAAAACACAUAUACUACUGUCUUUGGAGACUCACUUACCAUCUGAUCGGAAAAAAGAGAAAAUCUUGUAUCAGCUUCAGGCUGCUGUCGAACCUUACCUUCAAUCCUUGGUUACGGAAACACAGUUGCUGAUCAAUGGAGAAUUACAUCAAGCUGAUGAAAAAUUACUAAAAGAUAUAGAUUUUUCUGUACCCCUUGAUGCUGACAUCCAAACCAAAAAGAACAAAAAAUCGUCCAAGUCAAAGCGUUAUGAUUUGCCUCUUAAUGUAGAUCACUCCUUAGUUACUUCGGCGGGGAGUAAGAAAUAUGCAAUUGCCAAGGGGUCCGUUAGUCCAGCCUUUACCCCACUUGAUAUAGUAAUUUUCGGACCACAGGUUAGUGACUUUCAUACCGCUUCAUAUAUCUGACAAUAGCCUGUGUUUAGAAGCUUUUUCACCACAUACUAGAGUAUUGUGAAUCAGCUUUUAGUAAGAAAUGAGUUACCAUGCAGCUAAAACAACAUAAAUGCAAUGAAUCUUCAACUGAGACAUUUUGAUUCAUUGAUUAAGGCUAAACACUAAGCCCCUAUUUUAAUGGACUUUCACAUGGGGCGUGUUAUAGAAACCAAGUUGUAAAUUGGUUGGAUUAUUACUUAUCAGCCGGUCUUGGCAUAGAAGCAUGGUUAUUCGGGCUAGGUUUCAUAUGUAUUCUUUGCUCGGAAGGGAGGAUCCAUUGUGGGAGCUUUCGUUAGUGAGAGAAAUGCUUGAAUUGAAGAGCGUUUACAAUGAAUUGUCUAAAAUGGAUACUUUGAGUGAUAUUAAUUAAUGAAGCUGUGACCUAGUGAUUAAUACAUUCAACUUUCAAGCACUGCGUGACAGGUUCAACCCCCUCCAUCUAUUUCGGUUUGGGCAACCAGACAGUUUCACUAGUUCUCACAUGUGAAGCACAUGCAUUUGCACUUGGUGAAUGACUUGCCUCAGGUGUUGGUCAAAGCUUUUUACCAUGCCUGUUUGUUCAAUAUACCAAGAAUAUUACCCCAUACUAACGACUGCAUGACCUUAAAGCGUCUUAUGACUCAAUAAUUAUAUGAUAGUACCUGGAUUUAAAGGAAUUACUGUACAAAGAUAUUAAGCCAGUAAAGUUUUGUUAUACCGAUAUCAUGGCAGCGAAAACGAGCACUAUUCUCCAAGUAUGUCUACUGUUCCCGACCGUUGUUGCUACAUUGACGUGGUGAUCGGGUUUGCCUAUCGUGAUGAACCAGUCGAGCUAUACUGGCUGGAACAGUCGUUCCUCAAGGUCCCACCAUGCCAGACAGGUCGGUUGAAGAGCGGUAAGACUAAUAGCAGCAAACCCAAGGUCUGAGGGCAAAGUCGUACUGCUGACUGUACAGAGGUGUGACGACAGUAAGGUGUUCCCUUCAGACAACCAGCAUAACAGCGAUGCUGCCUUCCCACAAGGAGGGGUGGGGUUAGAAAAGGCCGACCAUAAAAAUGCACACCUCACCUUAUUCCACGGAUUUCCGUCUCCGGAGGUAAGGUCUCAACAAGUACGGAGCUAACACGAAAAUUACCCACAAAAAGGUCGUGUGUGACUGACCUCAAGCAGUUUUCCCUUGGGCACUGCGGUCACUCUCAGCUCACUAAGACCACCUCUAAUCCAAUUUCCGUUUCAGGUACCUCCAGAAGAACCCUUCCACGUUGUGGAAGUGAAAACCACCCUCAUACCUCUAACAGCACUCAAGACCACUGAUGUCUACUGUUAUUUCUGUAUAAUUCUGUUACAUAUUGUCUUUCUGAAAUAUUAGGACAAAACAUUAGGGCCCUCACAGUGGUAAGAUUAAAUUUUAGCACACAACAAAUAUGAAGUGUAAUUAUCGCGCUAUUGGAUUUAAAUAAGUUUUUCUAGUCCGGUUUUGUGGCUGAUGUGGUUGACUAAGCUAUGUACCUAAAUACGCUCGUAAAUCUAGCAUAGGAAAUAAGCUAGAGACAUGGUUCCAGAAUGGAUGCCAAAGAUUAAAGUUAGUUUUACUCUGUAAUAUCAAGCUUAUCAUUUCUGGGAAACGACUUAGUAGUUUAGCUUGUUCUUUUAUCAUGAAUGAUUCAUUAUUUAUAAUUAUUUGUUUGACGUGCUGUGUUUCUUGAUUGGUUAGAUUAAUAGCAAAGUAUCAAGCUGAAGGUAAAUGAAACAUGGUAGUAUAUUAGCAGAUUGCUCAUAUUUUGGGCACUAGCGCAUUUUCCUGAUUUCUAGGAUUUUAAUCAUCAAGCUUAUGUAUUGAACAACAUGAAUUUAAGCAAGUAACAACAGAUGUAUACAACACACUAAGAACCACAAUAUAUCUAACUACCUAAUCACGCAAGCCAAUGUAAUGAACCGUAUAAUCUACUUCAUAGUUGUCCAUUCAGUAAUUUCCAUAUAUACAAACGUUGCUGCAAACUCUCACCACCCAUACUUCCUCCCUUUAUUACUCAUGUAUGAAGUUUAGGGGUGUUAUAAAUAUCCAUAUUCAACGUAAAUUCAGGCAUCUGAAAUCUAUUUCAAUUGUUUCUCGAUGUCGUUCAAAUGUCCUAACUUUUCAAUGUAAAAGUCGUUAUUUUCGUUUCCAAUUCUGUUUUGUUUGACCUGUUGGGGAUUUACACGACUUUAUAAUUGUGGUUGAGUAAUAAAGUAAUUUAAAUUACGGCAGUAGAUUGAUAUUUAAUAAAUCCGUUCCACUUUUCAGUUUUCAACAGGUAAGAAGUACCGUUUACUUUCACAUAUUAGAUGUGAUUACGCUGAAUUAUCACCGACUGUAAAAGUAAUUUCCAUAAAUCUUUCAUAUUUAUUAGUUUUUUAUAACUCCAAAAUACUGUCUUUGAUUCUUGAUAUGGUUGGAAUUCAGUCGCCUAUUCAACAAUGAUCCCCAGCAUUGGUUGACAAUAGUUUAGCAUUUGUUGUUUAUUGUCAAGUGUAGACUUGACUUCACAUUCAGUGGGCCUUGAGACUAAGCUAUUGUGCCUAAUAGCCUAAAGUUUUUAAGGCGAUCUGAAUGUGAUAUUAUUUAGUUAUCAGCCAUAUGCACGUGUAUGUAUGAAUGCCCCCAAAUGCCCUGGUACGUCCGAGGGUGGGGAGAGUCAGUUCUCCGUCUCGAAAUGUCCUCAUAUGGCCACGCGUAUACAGCCACUGUCAGGGAAGUCCUACUCACUGCCUUACCGUGACGGGGGGUGUUGUUCACGAAAUUGAAAACGAAGAGCGAAUGUCCGGCGCUUUAACCUGGUUGGUGGAUAUGGAGGAUCCACCUAGCAGAGUUGGAAAACCCUGAUUCCAAACCAAUGCUGCACAUGGGCUCCAGGGUCCUAAGGGAACAAAAGGCGUAUGAACCUUUUUUCGAUCACUAGCUACCAUGGGACUAUAUCUCCUAACGUUUCUCCAGUAUCCUGUAAGUUAGACCUAGGUGAAAGCCCCAGAGCGUGGUCUUCUUAAAAUCCCUCUGCUUCGGCUUGGACACGCGGGCAGUAUUCCAGCCCUCAUACAAAUCAAAUUAUUUGUGUGGCGCAUGUAUAUUUGGUGCCUCCUUUUACCAAUGUUUAUGUGUCUAAAUAAAUAAAUAAAUAUGUAUUGGUCCUAGCUGUAGUAAAAUAUUAACAUAGCGAGAUGAAAUUAUCAAGACGAAUCACAGAGCAUUAGAAAUAAUAGCAGUAUCGGUAGUAUAAAAAUUUUAGGCAUAAACGAUAUAACUUGUGAGAAAUGAAUUCAUGAAAUAAAUUCUAUAAUAACUUUAAAACUCAGGCAGAAUGAAUGUAUCUGUGCCAUUUCAGCUGGUUCUAAACCGUUUCACGCAAAUUCUCUAUUACAGGUAGAAGGGAUUCUAAUUACGCUCACAUACUCUUAUGACUGAUACGCCAGUGUAUCGGUUUUCUCAAAUCGGUUCAAAAAAUUUCAAUAAAAUUCAAUUUCCGCACUAUCUUAAUAGAUGAGUUAUAGGAAAUUACUGACUAGUAUUGAAUCGGGUUUCUUUUUAUUGGUACAUUAACCUUUGGAUUCUUCACUCCGAUUCCACUUUGCAGUUUCCUCAAUGGCAGCGUGCAAGUUCGUCAUCGUCACUUGAAUCUGGUGCUAGUUCGGAUACAAAUAUGAAUAAUGGAAAUGAUACUAAUGAUUCUUCAGGUAGUUUCGUUCCCAUUAAUCGCUUGUUAAUCAAUGGCCGAAUUCCUGGAAUUGCGUUUUUACCAGCUAAUUCAAGUGUUGGAGACUUACUCGAGGCAUUACGGAAUGAUCUUGUACGGAGUAUACUAGCACGACUACAACUUUUAACAGAAGAGUUACACAUUACCAGUGCUGAACUGGAAGUUCCUCGUAUGUUGCUACCUCAACGGGUAUUAGUUCGACUUCCUGCUUGUCCUACACUACCAUUGUCCGAUUAUAAAUUUUUGUCAGAAACCGCUGAAGAUGUUGUAAAUCGUUUGGUUUACUUCUGUUUACCUCUUGGAACUACUCCCACUAUUCCCACAGGGGAGGGGAUUACCUCCGAUACCACUGGUCUAAGAAAUUCUGUUUCUGAAAUUGAGGUGUUGUCCUCACAUGAUCGUAUAGAUGCGUCGUGCCUGGAUACUACUUUGGAAAAAAGUCCUGAACUUAGUGCUGAUGAUGAAUUUUCUGAGUCUGAAUUGAUAGAUGAAGUGGUUGAAUCUGUUCCUGUUUCUAGUCCAUUCACACUGUAUAAUCCUAUCAUACUGGUUAUCAGCAUAAUUGUUUUGAUUAUAGCUAUUCUAUUAGCGUAUUACUUCGUUACACAAUCAUACCAAUCAAAAGAUUUCAUACCUCCACCAUUGCCGAAGGAAAUGUGAUCGUCAACCAAACCACAUUAUUACUAAUAUUAUUAUUUUAUUCUACAAAUAUAAACAAAAUUAUCAUCCAUUUUCCAAUAAUUUACUCUAUAUCUAAUAUCAUGUGUAACUUCGUUUAUUUUGAUAUGUCCAACAAUCCAACCCAUCAUUUCUGUAUUUAUUUCUAAUUAUUAUUCAGUUAUUUGUGUAUUUGAUAAAGAGUUGAACAGACGAAAUUCCCCAAAAUUAUUUUUCUCUUUCGCUUUUCAUAUGUCACAUACACACGAAUAGGUCAAAAUGCUCACAAGUUUAUUUUGUUCAAUAUGUGCUGUGAGCUGAACUGGUUUCCUGAUUGUUAUUAAUUUUUAUUUUGUAAAUUUCUUUACCCCUCUCCUCUUUUUAAAAGUAGAAGUUGCGCAUAAUGACAAAAAUGCAGUGUGUUGUAAAAGGUAAAUUUAUUGUCCAGUCAGUGUGUAAAAAACUACACUGGUGAUUUUUUCUCAAAUAAUAUAUACAAACGAGUAUACUUCAUAUUUUCUUAGCAUGACUGUGUGUAUGUGUGCGUGUACCUGUGUACGUUCGUAGAUAAAAAAUCGCGUCACUCUUCUGUUUUUAUUGGGAUUGGCUUAGCACAGCUACAUGGAUUACUAUUUGGUAUACCUUGAUUCAUAUUUUCCACUUUACUAGGCAAAUUUCUUAACUGAAAGUCCUCUAUAGAUACAUACACACAAACUUACACAUCCUUAACUAAAUAUUGUGUCAUUUUCUUGUACAAAAUAAAAUUCUUUGUGUUUGCUUGGUUAACAAACAAAACCUUUGGACAAAAAAGAGUGUACGAUUUUUCUGUUUAAUUGUUAAUAUCAUUGUUAUUAUCAGUUUUAAAGUUGUUUAUUUACAUUAUUUUCGAGUGAUAAACUGAUCCUAUUUAAUCUACUGGCUUUUUAUUUUCAAUAUGAAUUAUAUUUGAAUUGUUUGUUUAUAAAUAUGUGCGUGUGUACGCACCAUAGACUAUUGAGUAGUUGUUACAUGUUAUUUUUUUGAAGAUAGAUACUCGUUUCACUGUUUAGUGUUUUGCGCAAGAUAAUAGAUGAAGGAGAUAGAUCCAAAGGAAAACAAUGAAAUAAAAAUAUUUCAUUUGUAGUUUCUCUUUUUAAAUUUCUCUGUUGCAUUGUGUUUGUCUGUUCAAGAUUAAUAUUCUUUCUUUUGGAAUGAUUGCCAGAUGAUAAUGUUUGUAUUGGAUUUGAUGUGGAUUUUGUUGAUGAUUUAUUUUCAAGUUUUUCUGGACUUUUUUCUUAUAUAACGUAAGUGAUUAUUUAUCGUUGGUUGUCUUCCCAGUUUAUUGGAUAUCUACCUAAACUAUCAUUCAUCACACAGCCUAUAUAUUAGCCAUUUUUGUGGUGUAUACUAUGUAGUCAGCCAUUUGACCUGUUAUAACAUCUAUAUUUUUGACUUAAUCAACACAGUAGUUACAACUAAUGGAUAUUCUACUGUGAUGUACAAUAUUCAUCACAUGAUGUGAUUUCUAAUCUGGUUGUGCUACAGUAACAAGUAUGAACACUCAUCUGUCACUAUGUCUUCAUGUCAACAUGAAAGGAAUGCUAUUUUUGGAUUUGAUAACAAGAGAAAAAGUUUGAAGUUAUUUCUCUAUUAAAAGAAAAGGAGAUUUAUUACAACAUACAUGUAAAUAAAGUGUUAGAUUUUUCUCAUCUCAUUAUCUAUGACAUAAGAAAUUCUCGUAGUUUUGAAAUGGGAUAUAAAGUGAAUUUUGUAGUUUUGCAAAAUCUCAUAUUAGACAUUAAUUAAAAACGUUAAAUUUGAAGUAAAUUGUUGGACAGUUUUAAUUGAAUUUACAAAGUCGUUGUUUACAUUAUUUCGAUCAGUUGGUUGUUAGUAAGUUGGGAUGCCGUUGUAAGGUUUGAUUUACCGUGGGAAGUAUGUAUAAUUGAAUCUGGCCGCAUACCACAUAUACCCGUUGAAUAAACAUUACGGUGACAUCUCGGGCUAAAUAAGUUAACUUGUAAGUAUUGGUUAGCUGGAUCAUCUUACAAGUCUGAUCAAUCUUAUAUUCAAAGGGUUACAAAUGUGCAAUUUGUUCAUUCCCUAGCUUUAUCGUUUUAUUAAUAUUAAAUAAAUAGGUAACAGAGGUUGUGUCAGAAAUUCCUAUUUUUCAAUUCAAAUGUUCUGAGUUCAUUGGUGAUAUUGGCUCCCUAAUUAAUCAAGACCUCUGAAUGUCAAAAAAACUUGAAAUUGAGUAUCCAUCAAUUGUGAUACAUAAGUAUUUUUUCAUUCCAGAAAAUAAUUAGAUCAACCUGUCUAUUUUAGUUUAAGCUUAUCAGAUUGCUCAACUCUCGCAGGAUUGGAUUUAUAUUAUUUUCAUUUUUCAUUUAAAAGUUAAUGACCUGGAGGCAGGAUAUGGUUACUACAAAUUCAGUUUAAACUUGCUCAUGAUUAGCGUUGUAGUAUUGAUUUGAGGCGGCUACAAUCAUUUUGAUCUCUUAGUUAUUUUGCUCCAAAGAAUAAGAGUCACCCGGUUUGUCUGUUUGGUAGUGGGUUGUCUUCACUAGCAAAUUUUUAACGCUUAGAAGCCUACUUACUAGGUCGUGAUAUCUUGCCAUAGAACUUCCGCAAAAGUGUAGGUAUUUCCAAUUAAGUGUAUAAAUAGUUUGAUUAUCAGUUUAAUUGGUAAUUUAUUAAUUAGAGACUUGGCUACUGAUUCUACAAUUUUAACGCAUUUUUUUUACGGAUUUAGUUGUUUUCAAUGAAUUACAGAAUUCGCAUUAUUUCCAGGUUAUUGCAUAAAGUGUCAAAUUGUUGUGCUUUAAAUUUUUAGCUAUAUACUAUCGAUAGAUAUCGGUCACCACUAAGGACUAGACAAAAUAACACUGGCCACUAUUCGGGGACUGAUUAGCGUUAACGUUUCAUUUCUGUAAGCAUUUAGUUGUAGAUUGUAGAGCUCAAAGUCGAAUAGCAGCAUUAAGUGGUGGGCAUUCGAGUCUCCGAAGUAGGUAUCCACUUUCUCAAGGUUACAAAUACGUUUUGUUGACGUGUCGACAUCUAGUGCUUGCAACAAGAAUAAUUCACUACCUGCUGUAGAUAUUGGAAAAACCCUACCACUGGUGAACCCAAAAAAGAGAACUACGGUUACUUUAGUAGUUAAAUUUAUUAGUUAUGAAGUUAUUUUGUUUAAACAAUGGAAGAUAAAGCAUUUAUAAAGUUAUCCAACGAAUUAAGCUGAUUUUUUUAUUACAGGAGUUAAUAUGGAAGUUCACUUUACGAUAGUGUCGAAGUUUUCUGUUGUAGAAUGUUUCGGUAAUUGAAGUGGAAGUACUUGGACGGCAAAGUUGGUCAGAUAUUUCAAUUAAGUAGUGACAUGAUGAUGUUUUUCAUAAGUAGACGAUAAUGUGCUAUCAAUUAUAUCAAUAUGCAAGAAUUCAUCGACGUUAUUUCAUUCCUUUUCUUCAUAUUACCAUUUGUCUAGGUGUAUUAUUGCCUUUAUUAUUAUGUGAAUCCGAACUACAUCGAGUUGUUUUCAUUGAACAGGAUUUCAUUCAUUUCAUAUGUUUUUUUACCUUUCUCGGUAUUUCGCUUAUUACUUAUGGUUUGACAAGUUGCAUUGAUCCAGGCUAUCUGACUGCUGAAAAGGUAACAAUAAGAGAAGAUAAUUUGGAAAUUGUGGCUAUUUUUCACUUUUUUUCCAAUUUCUACUAGAUGUUAUAGAUUUAUAGUUUGUUCCAGAUUAUCUAUAAUUGGGAGAAUUAUGGCUACAUACUUAUUCCUGUAAUUAUUACAUUGAAUAACUUCUUUAUUAGACCUGAUUAUUUAUGAUAUAUUUCGUACUGAUUCAACUAUACUUAUUGCAUAGUUAAAGUCCGUUGAUGUUGAUAAACUACAAAUUGAUAAAUCACCACAAACCACUCAUAUAUAUAAUACACUUAAUACUAAAUACCCGGUUAAUGUGGUGCUAAAUGACAGAUAUAUUCUGUGCUUCAGUGAAGUUUGAUGUGGUCUUUCAAGAUUUUGAUGUUUGCUUAAAAUUGAAAGUCUAUAUUUUACUGUACUGCGCAUAAAUUAGAGUGCACUUUAAGAAUGCUCAGUUCAACAAAAUCGAAUUUAUUCCUUUUUUAUUACCUCCAUGUCAUUGUUUGUAUUCUGAAAUCGUUAGAAAUUAGUCCGAUUUUCUAAAUGUUUUUUUGGAGUUCUGUAUCAUUUCUGUAUGCAUGUUUUGUGUACACAUGGAAGUAUAAUCAUGUGCUGUUUAUCUUUUGUUUCGAUUAUUUUUAUGUCGAUUCGUUUUGUCUCUUCAAAGGCUAGAUGGUUUCGACAUCGACGUGGUCAUAUCUCGUUAGCUAGUGAUUCUGGUGAUGAACGACCUAUGUAUGUUAAUGAAUAUGAUACCGAUAUAAAUUAUAAGAAAUUGACAUUAGACCAGAAUCAUUCACAGUUAGAAUCAUGCUUUCAACGUCAACGUGAUCGCUCUGAAACUCAAUGUACAAUCGAAGAAAAUAACACUGUUCAAACAAAACCAAAUAAAUUCUCUAUGAAUUUGAAAAAGGAUUGGCCAAAUAAUUUAUGCUCUAAAAUGAAUGCAGAUUGUGAAGUUCUGGUUAAUUUAUCUAUUCCUGUAAGAUUCUGUAAUCAUUGUCUUCUAGAGCAACCAUUGCGUUGUCGUCAUUGUCCAGAUUGUAAUCGCUGUGUAUUGAAGUUUGAUCAUCAUUGUCCAUGGGUUGGGAAUUGUAUUGGGGAACGAAAUCAUUCUGCGUUUGUUGUAUUUUUAUUCUGUCAAACUAUUUCAAUUUGGUGGUGUUUAUAUUAUUGUUGGUAAGUUAUUUAGAAUUAAUAUUGUUAUUACAUGUAUUGGUUGUUUGAAUUUUCUCAUUGAUGUUUUGAACCGAGAUCGAUCAGUCUCUUUCUUGGCAUAUGUACUUCGUGUGCGAAUCGCCUUGAGAUCACCAUUAAAUCCCAAGCAUUAUAAACAGAGAUGGAUAGUGCCUAGCAGUGGAAUCCAGGACUCACGUUUCGUCUUAUUUUGGGCUCGUCAGCUGGAUUUACCUGCAUCCCAGAGUUGGUAUCCGUUCCGGGGCCCAGCAACUAAGUGGAUAACACAGUGGGGUUUAGAACGAACGGCACUGAGUUCAAUUCCUGAAGUAGACAUGAACUCGGAUGCAGGUAAAUCCAGAUGACGAGUCUCAAAUAAGACGAAACUUGUGUCUUGGAUUCCACUGCCAGCCACCAUCCACCUGUGCUUAUUAUUAUUGUCAUUGUAUAUUCUCUGAUGAUCUUGACCUUGAUGAUUACUCUGAAGAAGUCUGGACAAGUUUGAUGGAUGGAGCUUUGGAAUUAUUUAAAUUUCAGUUACUGAAAUUAUUUGAAAUAUAAUUUUCAGAAGUAAUGUCUUUUCUAUACUCUGUGCCUAAUUUCUGUUAAUCUGUCCGUUCAACUAUUGACAAGUAUUUGUAUAAAUUACUUUGCGAUCGAAUUAAAUUAUGAAAGAUAAUACUCAACUUAUAAAAUCACAGGAUUUUCAAUCUACGAUGUUUGAAUUGAAAUGUUUAUCCUAAAUCUCUAUUAAUCAAUUAUUCCGAUAAAUCUGUUCGUCAUAGAGAAUGUCACAUCUAGAAAAUUUGUUAGAAAUCGUGUGCAUAAAGUCACUAUGAAUUUAGUUACUGCGUUAGCAACAUUGAUGAUGUGUUAUCCGUUAUCACACUGGAGGAAAGAGGAUUAAAUGUAAAUGAAUCCCCUAAACACCGAGAACAGUGUUUUUAUCAAUCGUCAAAACAGCGGUAGAUCAGAAAGUUUGGAAAAAUUACUGAAACAUUCACAAACCGCAAAGUUCAACAGACUGGAGAGGAAUCUAACACAUUGAUCGUUAAUUUAUCAGAUAGAAAUCUAUGUACUCACGAAAUGUCUUUGCUUAAAAAGUUUUAUUUUCAUUAUAAAUAGACCACAAUUAUCACCGCUCAAUGUUAUACCUUCAUUUAAACUGAUAUUACAUUGCAUUUCUAAUGAAACAGCGAAUGACUUGAGGAAUUAAAUUACGGCCACUGAUUUACAUCAAAACCACACAUUUCUAAUCUAACCAAAGAUGAAUUAUAUGCAAUAAAACAGUUAAGAAGUGAUAAGACAGGAACACGACUGUCAUUAUGAACAGAUCAGUCUAUGAGAACAGGACCAGAGAACAUCUAGAUGUCUUGUGUCAAUUAAUUAAAGAAACGAAAUGAUGAACUAUUCUUAAUAAACCUAACGCUGAAGCAAGCAAAAUUGAACAGUCGAUUAAAAUAAAACUAGGACCGUCAUUGUGGUUCACAUUAUACCCAGAAGUUAUAACCAUUGUAGAUUUUGUGGACUAUGAAAGAUCACAAGAAUAGUACUCUGCCAAGACCAGUAGCUUAUUUAACAAAUUCACCUACAUACAAACCAGCGAAAUACUGAGCUAUGAUAUUUAAAUCAUAUGAAAAUUUGAAUAAUCGUGGAGUUAAAUAUUACUGAAUUCGAGAAUAAUAUUGAUACCAUCCACAUGGUGAAGGAUGAAUUGAUGGUAUUCAUUGGUUGAAGCAUCAAAAUGGAAUAUUUGGUUCAAGAACAACACUUUAGUCAAUAAAACAACAUGGGAAACAGUAGCGCAUGAUCGUAUUACUUAUUUACAAAGUUUAAAAUCUGAUGAAAAUCCUUUCAACCAAGGUUUCUUAUGGAAUUGUUAUGCUUUUUGUUGUUCUCGUCAUCCAUACGGUUGGGAUCGUAUUUAUGCUAAUUCUGCUGGACGAUGUACAGCAACUAAUACCAAUACGAAUACUGCCAGUUCAAUCAAUUUAAAUGAAUCAAAUAAUAAUAAUAAUAAUAAUAAUGUGCUUGUAAAUGUCCCGACUAAUACAGUCAUGACUGUGUGAAUCGAAUUACUGAAAUUUUUUUUUAUAUUCAUGUACUUGUAUACUGGCGUUCGCAUAAUUAACUGCUGUGUUUAUUUUUUUAAAGAAAAUCUUCUGAACACAUAUAUCUAUGUAUUAUUUAAGAAUCUCAACUAUACUAUUUUUUCUUUUACUUGUUAUACGCUGUUUUCUCAUCCAAUAAAUAUAUCACUUAUACUUUUUAUAUAAUUAGUGACUGUUGCCUACAGUACUAAUUUUCUCCUCUCACCGGUGUGUUUAUAUAAUUCUACAUUAUUCACUUUGACCUAUAAAUUUGCUUUUUGUUUUGUUAUAAAAUUUUUCUUGUUCUAUUUUUCUUCGUUUUUUUUCUUUUAUUCUGUUUAUCGGGAAAUUUUUCUGUUUUGAUUUAAAAUGCUUUUUAAAUAAAGCAUUAACAUUGAGUUGAUAUCAGUCAGUGUUGUGUUCCUAUGUUUGUUUCUAUGUAUAGCUGUUUCUCUUGUUAACUGUUUAAUGUUUGCACACAAGAAAUAAUAUAUAUCUUUUGAAAAAAAU